CCUCUCUCCCCUUCUCGUAACUACCUGGUAAUUCUGCCACUACCACUACCACUACCACUACUGUAUGCCAGGUAUCACACGACCGUUGACGUCUCUUACGCCUCGACGCUUGCUAUCCGCUCAAGCAGCAGUCACCCCGCGCUCAGUACUGCCCCCUCUGCCAUAUCUGCAGCAGUCGCGUCUCAGUCGCUGCGAGCGUGCGGAGUUCAAUGGAAACAGGCUCCUCACGGCGAUUACGAGAAGAACAGCAACAACCAUGUCGGACGCCAUCAAUCGACUGCCCCUCAGGAAUCGCUGCGCCGAGAGCAAGUCGCCAUAUGUGAGGUCCCACAUCGACAAUCCGACAGCGUGGCAGCUAUGGACGCCCGAGACCUUGGAGCUGGCCAAGGAGACGAACCGCCUGCUCUUCGUGAGCAUCGGCUACAGUGCUUGCCAUUGGUGCCACGUGAUGGCGCAUGAGUCCUUCGACGACCCUCGAAUCGCCCAGCUGCUCAAUGAGAACUUCAUUCCCGUCAAGAUCGAUCGUGAAGAGAGGCCAGACAUUGAUCGGCAGUACAUGGACUUCCUACAGGCUACAAAUGGAGGCGGAGGCUGGCCGUUGAACGUCUUUGUAACGCCUGGCGGGCUCGAGCCGAUCUUUGGGGGCACGUACUGGCCGAAAAGGGAACGAGCACAGCAGGCGCGCACAGGCUUUGAGGACAUCAUACUCAAAGUGUCGACAGCAUGGCGAGAGCAAGAGCAGAGAUGUAGGCAGAGCGCAAAGGACAUCACAAGGCAGCUGCGCGAAUUCGCUCAAGAGGGCAGCAUUGGCGGCAAAGAUGUCAAUAGGACCGACGACGAUGCUGAGCUCGAGUUAGACUUGUUGGACGACGCUUUCCAGCACUACAAAAUGCGAUAUGAUGACAAGCACGGUGGAUUCGGAGGCGCACCCAAAUUUCCGACUCCAGUGCACAUCCGGCCCCUUUUGCGAGUGGCGUCAUAUCCGGCCACAGUGCGUGAGAUCGUUGGCGAGGAGGAGUGCAUCGAAGCUCGCAGCAUGGCUCUGAUGACGCUGGAAAAGAUGGCAAAGGGUGGCAUCAAAGAUCAAAUCGGCCAUGGCUUUGCCCGAUACUCGGUGACGCGAGACUGGAGUCUGCCGCAUUUCGAGAAGAUGCUUUACGACAACGCGCAACUUUUGGCGGUGUACUUGGACGCGUAUUUGCUGACUAAAUCGCCACUUUUCCUCGAGAUUGUUAAAGAUAUCGCAACAUAUUUGACAAGUGCUCCAAUGCAAUCUGAGCUAGGAGGCAUACAUUCCGCAGAAGAUGCUGAUUCAUUUCCAACCAUCAACGACAAGCACAAACGCGAGGGAGCAUACUACGUCUGGACGCUGGAAGAGUUUGAACAAGUGCUCAGCGAGGAAGAAGUGAAAGUGUGUGCCAAAUAUUGGAAUGUGAAGGCCGAAGGCAACGUUGAUCGUCGACAUGACGCACAAGGCGAGCUCAUCAAGCAAAACACAUUAUGCGUUUCGCGCGAGACCGCCGAGCUCGCCGAAGAGUUGAACAUGGCCGAAGAUGAUGUAAAGCGCGCGAUUGAUAGUGGACGACAAGCGCUGCUGGCGUACAGAGAGGCAAACCGUCCUUCUCCGUCGUUGGAUGACAAGAUCGUGACUUCUUGGAACGGUCUUGCUAUUGGAAGUCUCGCUCGAGCUGGUGCGGCGCUACGUGAGGUGUCUCCAGAAGCAGGGUCCUCCUAUGUCUCCGCAGCCAGGAAAGCAGCGCUCUGCAUACAGAAUCAUCUCUUCGACGCAAUGAGUGGUACACUCCGCAGAGUGUACCGCGAAGGGCCCGGUGAGACCCAAGGCUUCGCCGACGAUUAUGCAUUCUUCAUUUCUGGACUGUUGGACCUUUACGAAGCUACGUUUGACAGUGAUUUCCUCCAAUUGGCCGACACUCUGCAGGAGACUCAAAACAAGCUCUUCUGGGACCCCGAGAAGUACGGUUUCUUCUCCACGCCAGCCCAUCAACCCGACAUAUUGAUUAGAACAAAGGACGCCAUGGACAAUGCGGAGCCCAGUGUCAACGGUGUCAGUGCCAGCAAUCUCUUCCGUCUCGGCUCUCUUCUCAACGACGAAGAGUACAGCAAAAUGGCCCGAAGGACUGUGGCAUGUUUCGAAGUGGAGAUUGAGCAACAUCCCGGCCUCUUCUCCGGGAUCUUGUCCAGCGUCGUGGCAUCACGUCUCGGCAUGCGAGGCGUCAUGGUGGUCGGAGAUGGGGAGGCUGCACAGGCAGUCCUCAAGAAUGCACGCGAAACAGUGCGUUCGAAUUACACGAUUUUACGCAUCGGAAGCGGAGCGAAUAGCCAGUGGCUGAAGAGCAGGAAUGAGCUGGUGAAGGAUCUGGACGAGACGAGAGACAUGGUGCAGCUGUGUGAGGGUCAGACCUGUCGGCUGUUGACCCUCGAGCAGAUUCAGCAAGAGCUGUUUUGAUCAUGGACGGACGAGCGAGCACGCAUGCACAGAAAAGCAAGCGGUAAGAGAAAAUCAGAUUUGAUGAAUCUGUUAUUCGUCUAUUUUUGGGGGGUAUCUCUAUGAUGCGAAUAGCAUCAGCACUCUCGUGCAUUCUGUAUCAUUUUGUAUAGCAAUCAUUCGUACGCUUCAUCACCAUCAUCUCAUGGCCAAGCAGAUUUCUCCGACUGGACACCCUCACACUCUCAGACCCUCACAUUCUCAAAUUUUCACAUCCUCACAUCCUCGCAUCCUCGCUGAAGCGAUCGACCUCCGAGGUAUAAUGGCAAGCUGUGCAAAUUGAACCGCUUGUUCAAAAUGGGGUGUGUGUAUAAGUAUACCUAUCCCUUGAAUGUGGUGGAUCCCUGCUCGGCACUCGUGUCGACAAACUCGCUUCCGCACUCGUGGCGGAAAGGCUGGCUCCGAAUGUAGGCGCUGACAUCGGCUUGGUAGCUCAAGACCUUGAGGUACUCAAUCACCGCCUUCAAGUAAUCGUCCGACUUGACCUGCUGGGGCUGGUUCCGAAACUCCUCCACCUCAACCAGGUUGUACGGCUCGCUGGCAGAUUUCUCAAUGCUGUCAUCGACGAGGACCGUGUUGGCUUGCGUCCACAUUUGAUCCUUGUUACGAUUGGCGGCUUGUAUGGUCGCGUCGUUCCAGAUGAGGGAUAACUGCUUAUAGACCUGAACUUUUGCGUUGUAAGCUUCUUUCGAAAGUCCUAGACGAUCACGUGCCCAGACAGCAACGAGCUGCUCGAGUUGCUGUGGGGUGAAGAGAUCGGAGCACAUCGUAGCUACAUUCUCUGGUCGUGCGGAUGACCAGAUCAUUACAUUGUGAUUGGCGAAUAUGUAAGUCAGGAAUUCCUGGACAUAUGGCCGCGGAACAAAAGUGUUGGCGCCGCUGAAUUUGGAGCGCUUCAGAAGAGUGCCGUUCAGAUCGAGGACAACAAGCAGAGGCCGAGGCAUAGUCAGAAGCUGUGGCUGCUGUGAUGCCAGGUACGUGUAGAAUGGAGUCGGGGAGGGCCGAGCCAUCACUUUUCUCCGUGGCGCAUUGAUGUUUGACUUGAUGUAGGGCGGUGGUAACUGGUCUGGCGUAGUACUCCUCUGCGUCUGUGCAGGGCGCAGUGGUUUUGGAAGAAAAAUCUGCUGGGAUGUGUCUGGCGCAACAGAUGUGGGGGGUUGAGCUCCAAGCUCGUAGACAGGGGAUGCUCGUCCUCGAGUCGACUGCUCGGCUGCUCUAGCUGCGGCUUUCUGCUUCUUACUAAGCUUCUUCGCCGGUCCUGCAGAGCGUAGAGGAUACCUGGGGAGCCUUCCAAUGGGCUGAAGCUGGUCAGGAAUGCUGAUGUCUGCUGACGUAGCGUUCUGGGUCGGCACAUGUGCCUGAGCGUUGGCGGCCAAGUGGCUGUUCGCUGAACGUGUCGUCACGUCGGCUGCAAGAUAUGAGUAAUCGAACGGGGUCGGCUGAAAACGGGUGGUGGCAUACAGGUUUCCGUAGCGGUCGGGGUGGCAGUCGCCCCCGUCGUAGGCCGUGUGUUGGAUCGCCGAGGGGAGCGAGGCGACGGCUUGGAGUCGCUGUUGUUGCUCUCGAGGCCAGCUGCGGCCGUGCGAGUCGUAUCCGUGCUGCUGUCCUCCACCGAUGUUGUAUUGCCCGUGUCCGCUGACAGCGAGAUUGACAGCUUCUCCAGCUGGCGCGCAAAGUGGCCGUCCUUGAUUUGUUUGGUGCCCAUGGUACGAGUACCAGUGCGGCGGCGGCGGGGGAGGAAGUUGCCAGGCUUGUGGCAGAGAACGCAAGAUUGUCAAGUGAGCGGGUGGAAUCUUGUUGUGGCCGUCGUCAGCAGCGCUCGUCUGUGGGCAGCAGCAAACAUUCUCGCGACGUGUCGGUGGUGAUGAUGGUGGUAGUGGUGAGGGGGGUGGGAUGGACG